AUGUCUUCAUCAUCACCAUCUCCCAUCCUUAUCAUUUUCAUCAUCUCUACUUUCAUGAUCAACAUCUCAUCAUCAUCACCUGAUUCUCCUGACCGUUACUUGAAAUCAUUAACAAAUCCUCCUCCAUCAUCAACCAUACCAACAGGAUCCAUCGAAGUAACAAAACCACCACCACCAUCAAACCCAAUCAAUCCCAACUGUUCAAUCCUUCUUCUCCAAAAUGAUUUCAAUAACACGUUGACUUCGCCACCAUUUACAACACUCUAUUCACCGCCGGUCAAUUGUUCCGGUCCAUGGAACAAAAUCUUCCUGGAAUACAGUGUCAGUUCUGAUGAUGGAGAACAGGAUGAUAGAAUCUCAGGUGUGUGGCUUGACGGAGUUGAGAUUCUAAGAACAAGUACACCUCAAGGUAAUCCGUCUGGGAGCUUCUGGAAAAUUCGGAAAGAUGUUUCGAGGUACUCGUCGUUGUUUACUCAAUCCAAUUUAACAUUAUCUGUGAUGCUUGAAAGUGAGUCUAUUGAUGAUUGGUUUACUGGUUUUUAUCAAGUCAAUGUCUCAUUGUUCUAUUAUCAAGAUCAAGAUCUUAAUCUAACUAAGAUCUCAUCAGUUGAAUUUAUUGAACAAGUAGAACCACUCAAAUUGAAUAGAAAACUAGGGGGUUUAUCUGAGACUAGUAUAAAGGGCAUGUACAAUGCUGGUGCAUUUUCUAAUGAGACAUCACCGGAUUUGAUAAUUCCGGUUUCUGAUAACGGGGGUGAAGGUUGCUGGUUUAGGAUUAAGAAUGAAUCGGAUAUUCAUUCCAAAACGAUUCAGAUUCCACAGAAUACUAGGAAAGCCGUUUUAGAAAUCUAUGUUUCAGCUCAUGGGAAUGAUGAAUUUUGGUAUUCUAAUGUACCAAAUGCGUACAUUGAGUCGAAUCAUUUGAGUAGUCAACGAGGAAAUGGAGCUUUCCGGCAAGUGAUUGCGACGGUGGACGGGGUUACGGUUGGUUCGGUGACUCCAAUUCCUGUUAUUUUUUCAGGUGGGAUUAAUCCGUUGUUUUGGGAUCCUGUUGUUGCUAUUGGGGCAUUCAAUCUGCCUACUUAUGAUGUUGAUUUGACUCCGUUUCUCGGGUUUUUAUUAGACGGAAAGAAUCAUUCUUUUGGUCUUGGUGUUGCUUAUAGUAAAUCAGUUUGGCUUGUUAAUGCAAAUCUUCAUAUUUGGUUGGAUCAUGGGUCAGACAUUGUUACGGCGAAAUCGAUUGCGUACGAGACUUCACCAAUGCAACUCCAAAACCAAACACAGUUCCGAACUCUAGAUGGGCAAUUCAAGAUUGAGGGGCAAAGGAAGACUGAGUACUCUGGAUGGGUUAAUUCAUCAGCCGGAAACUUUACGACCCGCAUUUACGACGAAUUCAAAUUCAAGAAUGAAAUCAAGAUAAGCAAUAAUGGGAAAGACAAGGAGGUUGAACAAAAGAUUAAGCUGCAAACAGAGGUUAGAAUUGAAAAUGAUGUUGGUCAUGAGAUUAGUAAAUCGAUUAUAAGUAGAGAGUACCCAAUUAAGAUGAAAAUCUCGACAUUACCUGGAGCUGAAGCGGAUACAUUUGUAUCGACUACUGAUGUUUCUCAUUCGACGAAAGAGAAAUAUACUCGUGCUUUAUCAUCGAACGAGCAAAUUCAAAUUGAAUCUGAGAACAGUCAAGAAUCAAAUGGAUGGAUGAUUGUAAAAGAUCGUUCGGUUUUGUCAGGUUCAGGAAGCACAAGCCAGACACUGACAUUCAAAGAUCUGAAUGGUUUCUACUCUAGAGUUGUUUCUGCAUCAAAUGGUAAGAUUUUACAAGAUGAUUCUACUCUUGCUAGUGUGUCCCCAUUCUCUGCUUAA